AUGGAGUGGGAUAUUUCGAGUUUGUAUGCUAGACUUAGGUUAACGGAGAAGGAAGCUCAGGUGCUGGAGGUUGAAGAAGCAGAGAACGGGCUCUCGGUGGAAAAACGGGCAAAGUGUAUCGCUUUCAAGGUUCUUGUCGACCGGGAGGUGAAUAAGGGGGCUUUGAAGAAUACUUUGCUCCAGCUAUGGCAACUCGAAGGUAAGGGGGUUAUCAAGGAGGUUGGGCGUAAUACGUUUCUCUUAGAAUUGGUUAGGGUUUCGGAUAAGAAGAGGAUUAUGGCGGGUAGACCUUGGUCUUUUGAUAAAUCUCUGCUGUGUUUACACGAUUGUGAAAAUGUUAACAAUUUAAAGGAGAUUGCGUUUAAUGAAGAGGUUUUUUGGGUCCAAUGCCAUGACCUCCCUUUUGCUGGUAUGACGCAAAAAACGGGGUGUGCUUUAGGUGAGCGUCUGGGGAAGGUUUUAGUAGUUGAUACGGAUAGCAGUGGGGUUUAUUUAGGCGCAUUCCUUCGUAUUAAGAAGGAUCAAGGGGCUGCUAUUGGGGAAGGGAUUGAACAGCAGUAUGGCCCAUGGUUGAGAGCUACUAGGAAGCAUUAUGCAGGUAUAUCAUUGCCGGAGGGGGCUGCUCAACCUCAGUUGAAUCUUCCUGUUUCUAACCCUGAUCUACCGCAAACUGGCAUUGAUCUUAUUUCAGGGGAGACGGUGGUGGAAGACAUUGGGAAAGACCCCUGUGCCGACAUCCAGGAGAUGGAUAGUUGUGGGGAUGCUCAACCAUCUGGGAGUGAACUCAUGGAUUUGGGCCAGAGGCAGGAGGUUGAGGGGUCUGAGGUGUCUACUCCGAAAAGAAUUAAACGAGUGCAGGGUGAGGUGGAUGUCCCUGUUCUGGCAGUGGCUGCUCAGCAGCCUUGCCAUCCACCUUAA